UCACCCCAUUUGGCUCUCUGUCUCCAGCUCUGCAAUCCAAUCUUCAAUGGCUGAUUUCACUGCAGAUUUGCAGGGGUUCAAAACCUCUUCAUAUCCCUUAUUUGAAGCUGAUCCAAACACGGGACUCAUCAGCACCCAGUUCACAGAGCAGAACCAAGGUUUUUUCGACAAUCCAAACUUGAAUUUCCAGGCCCUUGAGACCUUCUUCUCACAGCAACCGCCAGAGUUUCCGGGAAACCUGGCAGAAAUUUUCCAGCAGAAGGUGGCGGUGCCGGUGGCUCAGGCGGAGGUUUCCGCUGGAGAUAGUUUAUGUGAGAACAAGAAGAGGAAGGCAAGGGUGGAUGCAUCAGAAAGCAGCUCUGGGAACUCUUCCACUCCGGCUUGUGAGAGUGGGCUUAAGAGGGGGAAAAAUAGUUCAGGAAGAGGGAAGAGAGCCAUGAAAAGCAUUGAGAAGGAAGAUGAGAAACCAAGGGAGGUGGUUCAUGUGAGAGCCAGAAGAGGCCAAGCCACAGACAGUCACAGCUUAGCAGAAAGGGUUAGAAGAGGAAAAAUCAAUGAGAGACUCAGAUGCUUACAAGACAUUGUCCCAGGAUGCUACAAGACUAUGGGAAUGGCAGUCAUGUUGGAUGAAAUCAUCAAUUAUGUCCAAUCCUUGCAAAAUCAAGUUGAGUUUCUUUCCAUGAAGCUUACUGCAGCAAGCCAAUAUUAUGACUUCAACUCAGAUACAGAUACCUUAGAAACAAUUCAGAGGGGAAAGGUACAUGGAGGGCAACCUCCUUCAACUCAACAUGGUCCCAUUGACUUGACUUUUGGCUCUUACUCCUCUUUGCCAUACAACACAUGAAGAUGCUCAAGAUUUUCCCUUCAUUUUAAAAUUUUCAUGACAUCAAAAAACAAAGAAUUGUACUCUCACUUCAUGCUAUAUACAUAGCACACUUGGAAAUUUAUACUUGAAAUUUGUAUUACCCUCACACUUUGUGGGAAAGUGAUCAUUGAUUCUCAUCAAUAAAAAUACUUGGAAUUUUUAUUUUUAUUU